AUGACUAGUGAGCCAUCGCCUCCGGGAGAAGAUACUUUGCCAUGGGUAGAAAAAUAUCGCCCUCAGACGUUGAAUGACCUUGUCUCGCAUAAGGAAAUCACUGAAACUAUCGAGAGGUUUAUCGACGAAGGUCGCCUUCCACAUCUACUACUAUAUGGCCCAGCUGGGACAGGCAAGACCUCAACAAUACUAGCUUGCGCAAGAAAGUUAUAUGGACCGCAAUGGAAGUCAAUGAUAAUGGAGUUAAAUGCAUCAGAUGAAAGAGGAAUCGAUGUAGUAAGAGAACAAGUAAAAACUUUCGCAAGCACGAGAAAGAUUUUCAAUACAGGAUUCAAAUUAAUAAUACUUGAUGAAGCCGACGCAAUGACUACACAAGCACAGAAUGCCCUUCGACGAAUUGUUGAGAAAUAUACCCAAAAUGUCCGUUUCUGUAUUAUAUGCAAUUAUGUCAGUAAGAUAAUUCCAGCAUUACAAUCUCGAUGCACGCGAUUCAGAUUUUCGCCGUUAGAGAUGGAUCAGGUCAAGAAGAGACUGGAAACUGUAAUUGAGACGGAGGGUGUGAAUAUAACAGAAGACGGAAAACAAGCCCUAUUGACGUUAUCGAAUGGAGAUAUGAGACGUGCUCUGAAUAUUCUUCAAGCCUGUCACGCAGCAUACGAUCUCACUGACGAAGCAGCGGUAUAUAAUUGUACUGGAAAUCCAUUACCUACAGACAUACAUUAUAUUCUGAGAACAAUGAUGAAAGAGGAGUUUACAACAGCAUAUUCGAAAAUUAUGCGACUUAAAACAGAAAAAGGCCUUGCAUUGCAAGAUGUGAUAUUCGAAGUAUACAAAGACGUUGUAAAAUACAAAUUAAGUAAAAAAGCUAGAGUGUAUCUCUUGGAAAAACUCGCAGAGAUAGAAUAUCGACUUACUACGGGCGCAUCGGAGAAAAUCCAAGUCACUGCAAUGCUUGGCGCUUUCAAAACAAUGUUGGAUCUGACUGGUGGCAACGCGGACGAAGUAAUGGCAGAUACAGAUGCUGGCGAUUAUCGCUUUGGCAACAUUCCACGAACGGACAAUGUACGCGAUUCCGUGUCUAGUCUGACACUAUUAUCUCGAAUACCGAGUUAUAAUAAUGAAUUUCCAUCUACAAGAAUGACAGAAAGUAAGUUACCAGUCUGGGUAGGUGAAGGAAAUCGUAAACUAGGGAUUGAUUAG